CUCUUGAAUUCAUCAAAAUAUAAGUGGCAGGAAUAUGCUUGUUAUAUUAAACCUAUGUUUUUAGAACAUAACCAUAGUUUCGUAACAUUAAGUUUUGACGUGAAUGAUCGAAAUAUUUAUAAAAUGUAGUUUGAUUAAAUUUAUUCGUGAGGAUAAUUUCGUAGUGAAUAUUUAUACAUAAUAUUUAUAUUAUUAUAAUAAGUAUAUAAUGUAUAAUAGUUAUGCUAUAAAUGUAUAAUGUGUUCCACGACAAUUUUAUAUAUCCUUUCAGGCUAACUACUUUAUAUAUACUUAACUAUUGAUAUUUAAUAAAUUUACACUUCGUGAGGUACUCGAUUUUCAAAAUAUAAAAAAUUUGAAUUUUCCAACAACAAAUAAAAAUUAUUGAAAUGGGAGCUGGUCAAAGUGCUCGUAAGCUUACAAUUGAUAACGAUGAAGAAAUAGAUGUUAUUAAGGUAUCGAAUGCAGUUGUACAACGAUUGACUCAAAGAGCCAAAGAAACAAGUUCUGGUUCAGAAACAAAACGUGAUGAAGUAAGACCUACUACUUAUACACAAUCAACAGUUGUAUCUUCAAAGCCAUCUGAAAGCAGCAAUGUACCAUUGACUUCUGGAUAUCCUGUAUAUCAUUAUCCACAAUUAACAUUAUCUGCUCUUGAAAUACAGCAACAGAAAGAACACGAACUUCAUAGUCAAGAUCAAUAUUGGCAAAAUCGUUUAAAAAAUUUGGAAAAGAAUCACUUAAAAAUUAAUAAUAUUAUGGAUCAAGAAUAUAAAAAGGCUACUGAAGAAUUAUAUGUAAAUGAUCAAAAGAAUGUGAAUGUUCAAGAUGCCAUACAACCAUGUUUAGAGAAUACUACAAAAGUACUCAAGUGUUACCAAGAGUAUCCUAAAGAAAUUCUGAUGUGCUCUAAUCUAGUCAAAGAAUUUUCUAAUUGCGUGGAUCAACGUCGUGCCCGUGUAAUUGCAGCACGCUCUUAAUAUUUUUCAAUAUAGUAGUUAAAAUUAUUAUGAAAGUUAAAGUUAUUUAAUAACAAAAUUGUUAGUCAUCGACAAUAAAUUAUGUAAUAUUUUAAAA